AUGCUGCGGUGGUAUCAAGCUAAGUUGGCGGCCCGGCCGUUGCUCACACAGAGCAUCGGUAGUGCUGUUCUUUUUGGAACUGGAGAUGUUCUAGCGCAACAGCUCGUCGACGGAGUCGGAAUCGAGAAACAUGAUUAUGCCCGUACCGGUCGAAUGCUUCUUUAUGGAGGGGGUGCAACGACUUGGUACAAGUUCAUGCAACGGAACAUAGUUUUCAGGAACCCUAAACUUACAUUGGUUGCUAGAGUGUGUGCAGACCAGACGCUGUUCACUCCAACGCAUCUGACCUGCUUCUUAUCCUCCAUGGCGAUCUUGGAAGGAAAUGACCCAUUGGAGAGGCUACGAACAUCAUUUGGCACCGCCUACAAGACCAACCUCAUGCUCUGGCCAUGGGUUCAGGCGGCUAACUUCACGUUUGUGCCAUUAGAGCACCGAGUUCUUGUCGUCAACCUCGUCAGCCUUGGCUGGAACUGUAUACUCAGUCUUAUAAACAGUAAAGGUGAAAAGGAUGCCACCUAA